ACCACUUUUUCUCUUCUUCAGCCUACCUGUCAUUCAUUUUUUCCAACCAAUGGAGAGCCUUCUCGCCAACAUCAGCUCCAGCUCCACUGCUGAGCCUCUCCUGUCACUUUUCAACUCACACCAAACUAACUGCAACACCUGGGACCAGGAAUGGGGGACCACAAACCUGCACAGGUUAGCCCACCUGGACAUGCAGCUGUAUCAAGAUUUCUACACCGUCUGGGUUUUUCUGAUGGUGUUUAACUGUCUGAUGCUGGUGGUUGGGGUGGUCCUCAACAGCCUGGCUCUCUACGUUUUCUGCGGUGCCUCUGCACACUCUUCAGCCUCCGUGGUUUACACCAUAAACCUGGCGGUGGCUGACCUGCUGGUGGCUCUGUCGCUGCCAGCUCGCAUCGCUCUGUACCACAGUGGAGGGAGCUGUGUGGCCUGCUCAUACGUCCACACCUUCAGCUACUUUGUCAAUAUGUACUGUAGUAUCCUGUUUCUGACCAGCAUCUGUAUCGAUCGGUACCUCGCUGUCGUCCACGCAUCCAGUACCCUUCAUCGAUGGAGGACCAUAGGAGCGGCAAGGUGUGUCAGUGCCACCGUGUGGUUCAUUGCAGUCGUGGUCACCUACUCUUUUCAGACCACAGCUUUGGAGUUCAGUUCCUCCUGCAUGGUCCUCCCUGCCCUUUUCUAUCUCACCAUCCUGGAGUUUCUCCUCCCCCUGCUCGCUGUGGUGGUCUUCACUCUGCGCGUCACCUGUUUUCUCUCCUCCAGCCACAGCGGGAUGCCCCACCAGAGCAGGGUGAGGAGGACUCGUGCCAUCAGGCUUUUGGCCACCGUCCUGGUGGUCUUCACUGUGUGUUUCACACCCUUCCACGUCCGCCAGGUGCUGGUUUACUUCCAGUUCAGAGUGGCGGGGGAGGCUCCCGGGCAAGGGGCGAGGGAUGUGCUUGCCUAUCACAUCACCGUGACCUUGAGCAGCCUGAACAGCUGCCUGGAUCCAGUGGUUUACUGCUUUGUGACGGACAGCUUCAAGAGAAUGUGGAGGACCAGGAGAAGGGGAGGCAGAGAGGAGGACGGGGAGGUGGGGUUUACAAGUGGCAUCGAAGGGGAGAGGAAUUCGCUGAAUAAAUGCUCGGGUACGGCACUGGCGAUAGCUCAGAGCAUAGCCACACUAACGCUCACAAGCGCACCCCUCUCUACAACCAGCGCACACCACUCUGAUUGGACAGGCGGCCAUGUUUCAGAAACCAGUGAUGGCACAGUUCAGAGAGACAGCUGGAGACAGUGACACAUGUCGACUUUGUUUUGCUGUGAAACCAAUGAACUUACAUUGCUUCAAGUUUCAAAAGCUGCUGGAUUACACACAGAAAAAAAAUUAUGUAUGUGGGGAGUUGAUGUUUGGCUUGUGUUCCAGAGGCACCUCAUCAAAGUUUGUGAUGUAAAAAUUCAGAUUGAUUAAGGAGGAAAAAAAACCCAUUUUAUUCACAAACAAGCUUUUUAUUUAGUCAUCGUUCUGUCUGGAUACUUCUUUAACACUCUUUGUAAAUUCCUGCACAUGUGAGUUAAACAAGGCUUUACCUGUCCCUUUAUUCCCUUUCUUGCUCUUUUUUUAAACGAAAAUUUUUCCAUUAGAAAUAAAAACAAAAAGUUGUAUAGUAACAGUUGUAUAGUAGGUAAACUACCGUGACUAAGUCAUACGCUUUAGAAUGGAAAUACUCCUUUUGUCAUGGUCCUGCGACCAUGACUCGGUGACUUUG